UCUCCUUGCAGUGAGAGCAGCAUUCUGCUGAGGCAGACUGGAAUACUGAUACCAGACAUUACUUGUGAGCAAAGACAAAGACACCAACACUUGACUUCACAAGUGCUAAAGUCAAGACACCUUCUUUUUACUUAACAGCCGCAAUGCAGCUGAGGAUCCUUUGCAUCUUCAAGGAGCUAUUAAACAUAGCAAGCAAUAUAUGCUUCUUUUGCACUGAAAAGAAGGAAGACCCGUCUCUCCGGCAUAGAUGCAUAAGGGAUCAGCCGACUUUGUUUAGUGCCUCCAGCACGUGGGAUCGACACUACUGGACCACUGAAGUGAGGUACCUACCAGACACCAGACCUCUGUCAGCACCCAGGUUUAUUCAACCUCACCAGACCCCAGGAAUGGAGGAAACAAUAUGGGAACAGUACACUGUACCAAUACAGCGGGACUCCAAGAUGGGUUUUGGGAUCGCGGUGUCUGGGGGAAGGGACAACCCUAAUGCGGAGAGUGGCGAGACAUCCAUCAUAGUUUCAGAUGUGCUCCAGGGUGGCCCCGCUGAUGGCCUGCUCUUUGAAAAUGACCGGGUAAUUCAGGUCAAUACAAUACCCAUGGAAAAUGUGCCUCAUUCAUUUGCAGUACAACAGCUCAGAAAGUGUGGGAAAGUGGCAAAGAUUACCGUGAAGAGACCCCGGAAAGUCCCAAUACAGAUCACAAAGCGCGCCCCGACUCCCGAGGUCGAGGACCGGGUGUUCCACGCGGGAGAUUACGACGACGACUAUGACCGCAGGAGCGUACACAGCGCGCGCAGCGGGCGCAUGGACCCUGGCUGGCACGGGGGGAACGGGGGCCCGGGCUACCCCAGGGAUCACAGCCUGGAGCACGAGCAGGCCGGCUACAGGGAGCCGGAGUACCGCGGGCGCGAGCGGGACCGCGACUACGGCCGAGAGCGCAGCAGGGGCAGGAGCGUCGAGCGGGACCUGAGCCCCGAACGCGAUUACCGGCGAGACGGCAGCCGCGGCCGCGCCCUGGACAGGGACGGGAGCCCCGAGAGGGCGAACCGGAGGGAGCGCAGCCGCGGCCGCAGCCUGGACCGGGACCUGAGCCCCCCGCGCAGCUACAGCAGGGACCCCAGCUACGAAAGGGGCUACGACUACCGGGCCCCACUGAAGCAGGACCCGCGGGCAGACGAGAGGAUGGUGAGGACCCGCAGCCGAGACCGCCUAGAGGACCGCAGCCCUUCCCCGGUGCUGCCCCGAGUCCGAGACCGAGAGCCGCUGGAGAAACCUGUCAGCGUCCUCUUGGUGAAGAACAAACCCAAUGAAGAAUAUGGUCUUCGGCUGGGAAGUCAAAUAUUCAUCAAAGAAAUGACAAGCACAGGUCUUGCAGCCAAAGACGGCAACCUGCAAGAAGGCGAUAUCAUUCUGAAGAUCAAUGGCACAGUAACGGAGAACCUCUCCCUGAAUGAUGCCAGGAAGCUGAUAGAGAAAUCUCGGGGAAAACUGCAACUCGUUGUCCAAAGAGACAACAGGCAGACUCUGAUCAGGAUUCCAGCCAUGGUGGACAGUGACUCUGAACCUGACGAUAUCUCAGAAAUUGAGUCCUAUCGAUCUUUCUCCCCUCAAGAAGACAGAAGAUCACACCAUUCUGAUCUGUCCUCACAUUCUUCCAAUGAAAGACUGAGAGAGAAGCCCAGUAUGACAGUCACUGUAGUAAAUACAGUCCCCAAAAUUAAUCUCCGUCCCAGUCCUGAAGAUGAAGAGAUAUAUGGGCCCAACACUGUCAUGGUGAGAUUCAAGAAGGGUGACAGUGUUGGUCUCCGCCUGGCAGGAGGCAAUGACGUGGGGAUCUUUAUUGCGGGGGUACAGGAUGGCAGCCUUGCAGAGCAGGAAGGGCUGCAGACAGGCGAUCAGAUCCUUAAGGUCAAUAAUGUUGACUUCAGAGGCCUUGUUCGAGAGGAGGCAGUGCUCUUUCUGCUAGAAAUCCCCAAAGGUGAUGAUGUGACCAUACUAGCCCAGAACAAGUCAGAAGUUUAUGAGGACAUUCUGUCCUCAGGCAGGGGAGAUUCCUUCUUUAUUAGGACUCAUUUUGAAUAUGAGAAAGAGACUCCACAGAGCUUGGUCUUCUCUCGUGGGGACAUCUUCAAAGUUGUGGAUACCUUGUAUGAUGGGAAACUGGGAAACUGGCUGGCGAUAAGAACUGGAAAAGACAACCAGCUACGGGAAAAAGGCAUUAUCCCUAGCAAAAGCAGAGCGGAUCAGAUGGCUAAUGUCCAGAAUGCUCAGAAAGGAUCAGCCAAUGACCGCGGGGAUUUCUGGAGGCUGAGGGGACAGAGAGCAGCGAAGAAGAAGGAUCUCCGGAAGAGCCGAGAUGAUCUGACUGCCGCCCCCGUCAGCACCCGCUUCCCAGCCUACGAGCGAGUGGUGUUGAGAGAGGCUGGUUUUAGAAGACCUGUCGUGCUGUUUGGUCCAAUUGCUGAUGCCGCAAAUGAGAAACUGGCUACAGAACUUCCUGAUGAAUUUAUGAUUGCUAAAACUGAGCCCAAAGAUGCAGGGUCAGAAAAAUCCUCAGGUGUGGUGCGUUUGAACACCAUCAGACAGAUCAUUGAACAGGACAAACAUGCUUUAUUGGAUGUGACUCCCAAGGCUGUAGAUCUGCUCAACUACACACAGUGGUAUCCUAUAGUGAUUUUCUUCAAUCCAGACAGCAAGAGUGGAUUAAAAACCAUGAGACAGAGACUGAUGCCUGGAUCAAACAGAAGUGCUCGCAAGCUCUACGAUCAGGCAAUCAAACUGAAGAAAACCUGCUCACACCUCUUCACUGCGACUGUUGACUUGAAUUCAGCCAAUGAUGCCUGGUAUGGAAGUGUUAAGGACUCAGUAAGGGAACAACAGUCUCAGUCAGUCUGGGUGUCUGAAGGAAAGCUGGAUGGGACGGAGGAAGAACUGUACCUAAAUGACGACCGCAUGUCCUACCUGUCGGCCAUGGGCGCAGAUUACCUGAGCAUGGACAGCCGUCUGACCAGUGACUACGACGACACUGCCGACGAGGGAGGGGCCUACACGGACAACGAGCUGGACGAGAUCGCGGACGACCUGCAGGUCUCCGCUAUCAGCCGCUCCUCGGAGCCCGUCGCCAGCGAGGAGCACGUGACCAGACCCAGUCCAGAGCCCAAGGCAUGGGUAAAGGGAGCUGGGAGCAAAGAGGUGCUGAGAGAACCCAGUCCUCCACCUUCAUUUGUACCCGAACCACCAAAGGCGAAGGUCCAGCAGCGCGAGGAGGCUGCCAGGCAGCAGUACGAGUCCAGCAGGAGCUGCGACUCUCACUCCAGCAGCCCCGCCAGCAGCGACCACCCGCGCAGUCAGGACUCGUACGGGGGGAAGCCCUACCCCCCUCCGGUCGCCCUCAAGCCCUCCUUUGGAUCGCGAGCCCCCAAAGCGGCUCCUGACAGCCAGCCCCCAGAGAAGGGGGACCCCAAGGACAGCGCUGAUGAUCCGGCCGUGAAGUCCGUGCUGGGGAAAGUGAAAGCCUUUGAGAAAAUGGACAACUUGGCGCGAGCCCAGAGAAUGCUAGAACUGCAGGAAGCCCAGAACGCAAGGGUGGAAAUAGCUCAGAAACAUCCAGAUAUUUAUGCUGUCCCCAUUAAACCCCAAAAACUGGACCACAGUCGACCACAACCAAUAGGUUCCAGCUCGAGGCCGGAGCCCCAGGUGCCUCCCUCGAAGCCGUACUCCGAGAGCCAGACGUACUACCACAGUGACGAGGAGGAGCAGGACUACCGCAAGCAGCUGGCAGACCAGUCCAAACGAGGCUACUACGCCAACCCUCAAAAGUACAAAGACACCGAGCUGUAAAAAUGCCUUCCUUCCUUAACCUCCAGCACCAUUCCACAGGGCUGCUCCCUGAACGCCGAUACACCUGACUUGGAAGCUUUCCUGCUUUUAAGUUAUUCUUGCUUUUGCUUCAAAGAAGUUCGACUAUCUGUCCAUAUGGAUGGGAUCCAAUCUUUUUUUUUUACCAGAAACCACUUUUUUUUUCUUGCCUAUGCAAUAUUUUUUUUCAGUGUCUUGAGUUAAAAUGAUUGCCACUUGUUUGCUACAUUUGAAAACCAAAAUCAAACUUUGAUGUAUUGUGCAUCGCAGACCUUGGUUUCAUUCUUUGUAGUAAUAGAAAGGAGUGAAAUAGAAUCUUAAGCGUGAAGUCAUCUCUCAGUGCUGUAGUGUAUGUCACUGGUAGUCUUAGAUUUUCCAUGCUUGUGCAUUUCUGCUUUUGUGAACAUACUUUAACAUACACUGGAACUGUGUUAACAUUUAAAAGUGCCUUUUUCUUUAUGGGUAACACUGUGGUGCGCACACUGGAAAAAAAACGAUAUACUCUGAUCACAAAUUUUAAGAGAUAAUGACAGAUAUAUAAUUAUUUUCAUACAUCAUUAGUGUUCUGUAUUUUUAAGCUGUAUUUUAACAUAAAGUAAUUGAACUUGUAGAGGUCGUGUAACAAUCAGGUGAAGUAUGAAAAUUCUAAAAACGGUGUUUGAUUUUGUUUUUCCAUCUGUACACAUUGAAUGUUUUACAUUUUGCUUGAUUGUAACUUGAUUUACCCACAUGUAUGUAAGAGCUACAGCUUAAUCCUGAACUGACACAUUGGUGUGAGGUUGCGCUACAGCAUGUUUAAAACCAGGAAUGUAUACCCUGGCUAAAGGCUGGUCUUCAGUUUUCACCUUACAAUGCCAAAUAAAAUCUUUAACUUAUCACGUAAAAA